AUGCCGAAACGGAAAAAAGCUCCCUCGCCUAAGUUUGAUCUACUCGAAGAUGGGUUUGAUGAUGAUCUCAGCUCUAAUGACGAUAAACCGGGAACACCGAUCCAACGAAACGCAGCCAAUGCACGCGAACGGGCACGCAUGCGGGUACUGUCGAAGGCGUUCUUCAACCUGAAGCGAAACAUCCCCUGGGUACCGGCGGACACCAAACUCUCCAAGCUGGACACGCUCCGGCUGGCCAAGAACUACAUCACCUACCUGGCGGCCACACUGGACGGCCAGUCGGUGGAAGACUUUUCCACCAACCUGGCGCAACCACCCAAAACGGCAUGGCCUUUCAUCUUCCAACAAGUUCAACCACACGAGACGGCCAAAACGAAACACCAGCAGACAACAACACCCCAGUCAACGUCGUCGUUCAUAGCAACACCGCCGAAUGUCGGUCAAUCCACAUGUUCCACCGAUCCACAGCAGCCGAAGUGGCUCGACUAUCAUCAAAACGAUGUCACCACCGGUGCCGUGAUGUCGGAGAAUAUCAAAUCACUAACCAUCGCGCCAGCCUCGAACGGUUUGGUGGGAUUCUCGGAAAACUUUGUCGGCUCUACGGCCAGCCUGGAGGGUGUGAACGAUUAUGGCGCGUUUGGUGAUCCGUUGGGAAUGGGGGCUAGAUCUGCUACGCUUCACCAGGAGCCUCAUCAGCACCGUCAGCAGCAUUCGGUGGUUAUGCAGCAGCAGGAUCACCAUCAACAUCCCCAUCACUACCCAACGGCCGGCGGCGUACCGAUGCAUAACGAUGGUUGCCAUGCUGGUGCUGGAGUUAUUGGAAUGUCCGGAACGUACCACCGGCAGCAUAUGGCCUCGAUUGGCAGUGAUUGA